UUGACAGCACUUACAUAACCUCUAAAACAAUGGGGUGGUAGUUUAAAACAAGCUCUCUUCACAGGUACAUCAGUUUCACCUGUUUUGCACUCCGCUACUGCACAUUUCACUCUUUUUUGGGCAUUGUUUUGACACAGUAUUUAACGAGUAUUUCGUUAAUGAGGAACGUAUAUUUUUGAUUAACUGAGAGGUUAAAACUUCGACCGCACUUUUUAAACAAAAAUCCGCUUGUCAAGUUGCGUCCCCCACGAGCGUCAAGUGAAAUAUGAAAAUCCCCACCAUAUCAAGUUUACUAUAUAGAUACCCAGGGGGGCUGACCCCUCCAUAUAACCUCAAAUCAUAAAUGUUUUACUUUGUUGUUGACAUUCGUGCAAUUCUGAAUAAUCCUGAAAAUUACGUUCAUUACAAACUGAUAAAUUAAAUGCAGUGAAUAAAAUAGUGACAAGCCAAAUUUAAAAAAUGGAGAUUGACGAGGUAGCGGAGCUAGAGCGCCUCUCUUUGGUCUCAAAAAUCUGUGCAGAGUUAGAAAACCAUUUUGGCCAGAAUGACGAUCACAAAAUCCUCGCUCAAUUCAUAAUUCAUCUGUCCAAGAAAAACACAACCUUCGAGACCUUCAAAAAAGCUCUCAUGGAAAAUGGAGCAGACACAUUCUCGGACUCCUUCAUCGCCAACAUUCUGCGUAUAAUCCAGCACAUGAAGCCCCUAAAAUUGGUUUCAGAUCCCGUGAUCAAAACCAAACAAGACGAGCUGGCACAUAAAUUCCCAGGCUUAGCAGCAGCAAACCAGGCCCCCAUACCCGCUGACGAUGUGGACAUUGUUGAAGACGCAAUGGCAUCUCUGGAGGAAUUCGCGCCUUCUUCAUUACAAAGCAAUGGCUCAGAAGCUGUAACAGCGCGGAAAUGCAGUCAAUCACCAGAGAAAACGGAGAACUCUAAACGCGAGCGUUCAAAAGACAGGAAACACAGGUCUAGAAGUCCCUCUCGACGAAGCAGAAGGCACAAAUCCCGCUCUCGUGACCGAUCAAGACAUCGAAAUCGGGGCAGUCGACGUUCUCGUGAUCGUUCCAGGUCCAGGGACCGAGAGCGACGUCGUCGCAGAUCCCCAGAACCGGAUCGUAAAUACAACUCUCGCGAUCAUUACUCCAGAGACUCCAAACACAAACGAAGUCGUUCACGUUCACGUUCGAACGAAGAAGUUAUCCCUAUGGAUCCAGAGGUGGGUAAAGUCUACACUGGAAAGGUAGCAAAUGUCGUCCAGUUUGGAUGUUUCGUUCAACUGGAGGGUCUCAGGCGAAGAUCAGAGGGUCUAGUCCACAUUUCUCAGUUGAGGCGGGAGGGGAGAGUGGCCAGUGCAAGUGACGUCGUCUCCAAGGGUCAGAAAGUCUACGUGAAAGUUCUCAGUGUGGCUGGACAGAAGAUCUCUUUGAGCAUGAAAGACGUGGAUCAGGACUCUGGACGUGAUUUAAAUCCAAUCCUUGCGAUUAGCAGAGCUGAAGAGGAUGAAAAACACUUGAGAAAUCCAGAUCGACCGACUUCCUUGCUAGAACUUGAGGGAAACCUCGAUGAGGACGAAACCUAUUCUCGACCUCGAGUGCAACGUCUCUCAUCUCCUGAAAAAUGGGAAAUAAAGCAGAUGUUAGCUGCCUCAUGCAUUGACAGGAGUGAACUUCCAGAAUUCGACAUGGAAACUGGAGUUUUACCUCGUGAAGACGACGAAGAGGAAGACGUGGAAAUUGAACUCGUGGAGGAAGAACCUCCAUUCCUCCAUGGGCAUGGUCGUGCCCUGGGUGAUCUCAGUCCAGUAAGGAUUGUCAAGAACCCUGAUGGAUCCUUGGCUCAAGCUGCUAUGAUGCAGAGUGCAUUAGCUAAGGAACGAAGGGAGCAAAAGAUGCUGCAACGAGAGCAGGAAAUGGACUCUGCACCUGCAGGAUUGAAUAAAAACUGGGUGGAUCCAUUGCCAGAUGCUGAGAGUCGUCAAGUUGCUUCCAACAUGCGGGGAAUUGGACUCCAGACUCAGGACCUUCCUGAAUGGAAAAAACACGUGAUCGGGGGUAAAAAAUCUUCCUUCGGGAAAAAGACGAAUCUCACACUAUUGGAGCAACGUCAGAGCCUCCCUAUCUACAAACUUAGGGACGAUUUAGUGAAAGCUGUCACUGAUAACCAGAUUUUAAUCGUCAUUGGAGAAACUGGAUCUGGAAAAACUACACAAAUAACUCAGUAUUUAGCAGAAGCUGGAUUCACAUCUCGAGGAAAAAUUGGUUGCAGUCAGCCUAGGAGAGUAGCAGCCAUGUCAGUAGCUAAGAGAGUUGCUGAAGAGUUUGGAUGUCGUCUAGGACAGGAAGUGGGAUAUACAAUUCGAUUUGAAGAUUGUACGAGUCCUGAAACAAAUAUAAAAUACAUGACAGACGGUAUGUUACUUCGAGAAUGUCUUGUGGAUCUGGAUCUGAAAACGUACUCAGUAAUUAUGUUGGAUGAGGCUCAUGAACGUACCAUUCACACUGACGUUUUGUUUGGAUUAUUGAAACAGGCUGUGGGACGUCGUCCAGACCUUAAACUCAUCGUCACCAGUGCAACUCUAGAUGCUGUCAAGUUCUCUCAGUACUUCUUCGAGGCUCCAAUCUUUACGAUUCCUGGAAGAACAUUCGAGGUUGAAGUGAUGUAUACUAAAGAGCCUGAAACUGAUUAUCUUGAUGCUGCUCUGAUAACAGUGAUGCAGAUUCAUUUACGAGAACCUCCUGGUGACAUUCUACUGUUCUUGACUGGUCAGGAGGAAAUCGACACAGCUUGUGAAAUUCUUUAUGAAAGAAUGAAGUCACUGGGUCCUGACGUUCCUGAAUUAAUCAUACUGCCAGUUUACUCGGCCCUUCCUUCCGAAAUGCAGACCAGGAUCUUCGAACCUGCUCCACCUGGAUCAAGAAAAGUAGUAAUAGCUACAAAUAUUGCAGAAACUAGUUUAACAAUUGAUGGAAUUUAUUACGUAGUCGACCCAGGGUUUGUUAAACAGAAAGUUUACAAUUCUAAAACUGGAAUGGACAGUCUCAUUGUCACUCCGAUCAGUCAGGCCGCUGCCAAACAACGAGCUGGAAGGGCUGGACGUACUGGACCUGGAAAAUGUUAUCGAUUGUACACAGAACGAGCCUACAGAGACGAAAUGUUACCAACUCCAGUUCCAGAGAUUCAGAGAACGAAUUUAGCAACGACUGUACUACAAUUGAAAACCAUGGGCAUCAAUGAUUUAUUACAUUUUGAUUUUAUGGAUGCUCCACCUGUUGAGUCCCUCAUCAUGGCUCUGGAAUCAUUACACAGUCUCAGUGCUCUUGAUAAUGAGGGAUUAUUGACAAGACUGGGGAGGAGGAUGGCAGAAUUUCCACUGGAACCUAAUUUAUCAAAAAUGCUGAUCAUGAGUGUUCAUCUUCAGUGCUCUGAUGAAAUAUUAACAAUUGUCAGUAUGUUGUCAGUACAAAAUGUAUUCUAUAGACCCAAGGACAAGCAGGCUUUUGCAGAUCAAAAGAAAGCAAAAUUCAAUCAGACUGAAGGAGACCAUUUAACUCUUCUUGCUGUUUAUAAUUCCUGGAGAAAUAAUAAGUUUAGUAAUCCCUGGUGUUAUGAGAAUUUCGUACAGAUUAGGACUUUGAAACGAGCACAGGAUGUAAGGAAACAGCUGCUGGGCAUCAUGGAUAGGCAUAAGUUGGAUGUUGUAUCUGCUGCGAAGAAUACGGUAAGGAUUCAGAAGGCUGUCUGCUCAGGAUUCUUCAGGAAUGCUGCCAAGAAGGAUCCCCAGGAGGGUUACAGAACACUUGUUGAUAGUCAAGUGGUUUAUAUUCAUCCUAGUAGUGCUUUGUUCAAUAGACAACCCGAGUGGGUGAUUUAUCAUGAGCUCGUGCAGACGACGAAGGAGUAUAUGAGGGAAGUGACGACUAUUGAUCCUAAAUGGUUGGUGGAGUUUGCUCCUGCUUUCUUCAAAUUUAGUGAUCCAACAAAGUUGAGUAAAUUCAAGAAGAAUCAACGUCUCGAGCCUUUGUAUAAUAAAUAUGAAGAGCCUAAUGCCUGGAGGAUAUCCAGAGUUCGACGACGACGAAAUUAAAAAAUUAAAUUUUAAUUGAUUAUGGUUAAUCAUGAUUUUUUCUGUAAAUAUCAAUAUGCUUCGUUCUCAAUUGAGGGAGCAUUAAUCGACGAAUUUUGUUCGAUCAAUAAAUUUAUUAAAUAAAUA